GCGAGGACUGCAGCACUUCCUCGAGGCCGAGAGCGCGAUUCCGCGGCGGCGCGCACGGAGAGCUAGGAAGUCGACAGGGGGGAAGAAAGGACGUUGAAUAAACUUGCCAACUUGUAGCCGAGCGGCCGGGAAACACACCUGAGUGAUAUGGUCGAGCUUGUAGCCGCAGAGGAACCGGCGACUUGUUUUCGAAAUAAAUCAAAUUAGCCGAGAAAACAACAACAACAACAACGUUUACAUCCCGUGCACCGCUCGGUGAACUCGCCACACGAGCAGCUCCGAGCAGGAGGGAGACUCCGGCAGUUUUCAAACACACCUGCUCAACCUACCUGCUGCUGUCCGCGGUACACAGCCGCACACCGCCGCUUGUGAGCCAUCACAACCAGCCAAACAUCACCGAGCGCCACCGGCUCGUUGUUUCAAGGGAACUCCUCAGGAAAAGUUGUCGGCGCUGGUGGAGGAGCCGUCACCGAGGCCUGCGGUGUGGAGGCUGCAUGUGUGAGGACUGGCGGCGGCGUGGAGCGACAGCGGAGUGACAGAAACACCCAGAAAACAUGUCGGCCCAGGCGCAAAUGAGAGCCAUGCUGGACCAGCUAAUGGGCACCGGGAGAGAUGGGGACACCAUGCGGCAGAGGAUCAAAUUCACAGACGAGCGUGUCUGCAAGAGUCAUCUUUUGGAUUCGUGUCCUCACGACAUCCUGUCCGGCACCAGAAUGGACCUGGGAGAGUGUGUGAAGGUCCAUGACCUGGCCCUCAGAGCAGACUAUGAAAUUGCCUCCAAGCAGCAGGAGUACUUCUUUGAGCUCGAUGCCGCGGAGCAUCUUCAGUCUUUCAUCGCUGACUGUGACCGCAGGACUGAGUUGGCCAAGAAGAGACUGGCUGAGACACAGGAUGAGAUCAGCGCUGAAGUGGCUGCAAAGGCUGAGCGUGUCCAUGAGCUGAAUGAGGAGAUUGGGAAGCUGCUUGCCCGGGCCGAACAGCUGGGGGGAGAGGGGAAUGUGGACGAGGCCCAACAAGUGCUGGAAAAGGUGGAGAAGACCCGGGCCAUGAAGAAAGAGGCAGAGGAUGUGUACAGGAACUCAAUGCCAGCCUCCAGCUUCCAGCAACAAAAACUAAGGGUGUGUGAGGUGUGCUCUGCCUAUUUGGGUCUCCAUGACAAUGAUCGUCGUCUAGCUGACCACUUCGGGGGCAAACUGCACCUUGGCUUCAUCGAAAUCCGUGAGAAGCUUGACAGACUAAGGAAAGCAGUUGUUGAGAAACAAGAAAGAAUGCGAAUGAGAAGACGAGAGGAACGAGACCGAGAGGAGGAGAGAGAAAGAGAGUGGGAGAUGGAACGAGAACGAGAGAGAGAAAGGGAACGAGAGCGUGAGAGAGAGCGAGAAUGGGAAAGAGAACGAGAAAGGGAGAGGGACCGAAGGAGGUCAAGAUCUAGAAGUGGAGACCGAUACAGGGAUGGAGGCAGCUCGUCCUCCCAUCGUUCAAGACGGCACCACUCAUCUCGUUCCAGAGAAGAGGGUGGAGAUCGGGACCGGGAACGAGAGAGGAAGCAUCGGCACAAGGACAGGCACCGCUCACGAUCCCACUCUCACAGGAGCAAGAGGAAGAGGUCCUCCAGAGACAGAUCAUCUCACACCCGCGACAGAGAUGGCUCCCCGUCCCAGGAGAGAUGGAGAGAGAGCACAGCGGAGGGUUGGCGUGACGACAGGGCCGAGUACGGAGACAGGGAGAACAGGGAGAACAGGGAGAACAGGGAGAGGUCCACCUCCCCGGAGACGGCCAAGGGCAGGGAACGAGAGCGAUCCCUGUCAUAUGAGAGGGAUAGACGCUCCAGCUCUGAAGAGAGAGAGUCAGGAGAGAUUUGAGAGGGACGGAUGCCUGCAAAGUUUGAUUUGGAAAUUUUGUUGAGUUGCAGGAGCGGGGAGAGCUGAUUGUGUGGGUGAGGAUGUGUAUGUGUCAGUGCUGUAUGUGUUCAUGUUAAAGAUGGGACAUUACUUUAGUGGUAUGGGGAGGGGGGGUGGAGGGGGUGGAAGGCGGAAACUUUACACGGGGGUGACCAACUAAAUGGUGGCGGUCAAGGUCAUACGCAAAGCAAGUUUUAUAUGUAAGACAGUAACUUUGAAAUGUGGUGAGUGGAUGGGAAAGACCUAGGAAGGCUUGAGUGACCAGGAAACUACUUUUAAUUUUUUUUUUUUUUUUUUUUUUUUUUUUUUUAAUGCCAUCUUGUCAAUCUUAUGUACAAUUGAUUGGACAACGAUGAGGGAUUGGGAGAGUGAUAGAAACUGAAGACCUACCUUAAGUCUGUUUUAUUUCACUUAAGGGAAGUGCUGUUCUUUUUUUUUUAUCAUUAGUAUGACCUUCAGUGUUGUUAAUACUGUUGUUUUUUUCCUGUGUUCCAUUAGGAAUCUGGUAUCUGUUUCAUGAGGUUUAGUAGCUAUGGAUUUAUUUGCAUUGGUUAAAAGGUGGACUCAUUGAUGUGGCUUCAUGCCCGCAGUAAUGUUUGAAGUGAGUUGUGAAUGACUUAAAGGCACUUUUUGAUGUUUGUGCUUUGUUAUCUGCCUUCAGAAACUAACAGUCUCAUUUUGAAUAGAAAGUACGCCCUGGGUGUAGGAAAUCUGUCACACAUCGUUGAGCCUGCCUUUAAAAUCAAGACACAGUGACGAUCUCGUGCAUUAAAUAAACACACACUUGUCCCCUGGAAGAAGUCCACCAAGUCUUUCCGCUCGAUUCCGGACAUGUAAAUGCAUAUUAGGAGACAUACAUUUUUAGGAGCUGGUACUUAAGUUGAGGCCCACUGAACAGACCUGUGUCCUUUUUGCUGUGAUACAACUUGGAUAUAUUGGGAUCUGUACAUUGCUGUGCCAUCUACUAUAAAGUGAAUAAAAUUUUCUGCUUCCACUGAAAUACACGGAGUUGCUCA